GGAAGGCAACGGCGGCACGCGGCGACCAAUGGGAGCGCGGCAUUGCUCGUGCGCGUGACGGCCCUGGCCAAUGGGUGCGCGGCGCCCGGGAGCGCGAUCCUGUGGGGAUUGCGAGGCGGCUGGAGUGAGGCGAAACGGCCGAUGUCAGCGAGGGUCUGCCGCUGGUGAGAUGUUUCCCCUGGGGACUGCUCAGCUUGGGGCCUCCACCUUCUUCGCUUCACCCCUUCCCAACGACGUGUGUGGGAGCAACGGGCUGCCUCUCACCCCCAACUCCAUCAAGAUUCUGGGUCGCUUCCAAGUGUUGAAGACGAUCACGCAUCCCCGACUCUGUCAGUAUGUGGACAUUGCCCGGGGCAAGCACGAACGCCUGAUGGUUGUGUUGGAGCAUCAUGAAGACAGUGUGGAAAGAAUCCUGAGUGAAGGUGUGAGGCUCAGCACGCAGAAGCUGAUGCAGAUUGCCUACCAAGUGCUGGAAGGCCUUGAGAACCUCAAUGGCCGAGGCAUCGACCACGCCGCGAUAUCUCCACACAACAUCCUCCUCACCAUGCAGGGAGACGUGAAGCUGGCCAAGUUUGGGAUUUACUACAUGACCAACGGUGGCACAGCUGUGGAUUUUCCCAUCGGUGAGCCGUCAUACAUGGCCCCGGAGGUGGUGGCUCAAGGCCCCGCGAGGCACGGUGAGAAACGAGCUCCGAUCGGUCCCAAGAGUGACGUGUGGUCCCUGGGCAUCAUCCUGCUACAGCUGUGGCUGGGUGAAAAACUGUGGCCCAGAGCGAGCAUCGCGGAGAAGAUGAAGGCGAUUGUAAAACUAGGCUCUGAGCAUGAUGUGGUGGCUGCGAUGCUGCGCGCUCACGGCGGCUCUCACUCAGCUGAGGAUCUUCCCGAAGAUCUGCGAAGUUUGCUGGGAAAAUGCCUUGUGUUUUCCCCGAGAAUAAGGCCGACAGCGGCUGAGCUCUUGUCGAGCGCCGUCUUCUCCGAGGUGGCGUCAUUAAUGGAGCCGUCGCCAAGGCCUCCUGUCACCCUCUUCUCCCCCGGCUUGCGCAGCGAACACCUCCUGCUGUCUCCACUUGAGGAGCAAGAGGACGAUGAUGAUGAUGACCGUCUGGCAGAGAGGACUCUGGACGAAGUGUACUACCUGUGGACGCUGGCAGGCGGGGACCUGGAGAGGGAGCUGACCAACUCUGGCAUCAUUAAGUCGAAACCACCCAUCUGCACCCUGCCCAAUGUGGUGAUGGAGGAUGGGGACAUGUUUGGACAGACGAGGGACUACAGCUUCCUGUACAACGACACCACCAUCACGCUGUCCCUUGCCCAGCUUCGCAAUAGGCUGCAGGAGGUGCCUGGAGAGACCUUUUACCCCCUGCUGGAGGAUGAUGGAGUGGCGCUCACCCCCUCAGGGAGCAGUUAUGACCUGGCCGGCUCGGCGAGUCUCCCGCUGGUGAUCCGAGAGAAGGACACGGAACACCAACUCCACCGGAUCCUCCUCUUCCAGCGACUCCUCAAGGCGUACCCGCACCGCAAGGAUCUCAUGUGGAAGGAGGCACGCGUGGACAUCCCUCCGCUGCUGCGUGGGCUCAUCUGGGCCACUAUCCUCGGCGUCGAGGGAGACAUCCAAGCCAAGUACGACUCCAUAGACAAGGACACCGCUAUCCAGACGGACAGGCAGAUUGAGGUGGACAUCCCACGCUGCCACCAGUACAACGAGCUGCUCUCCUCCCCCGAGGGUCACGCCAAGUUCAAGCGCAUCCUCAAGGCCUGGGUUCUGUCCCACCCACACCUGGUGUACUGGCAAGGUCUUGACUCGCUCUGCGCCCCGUUUCUCUACCUCAACUUUAACAAUGAAGCCUUGGCUUAUUCCUGCAUGUCUGCUUUCAUUCCCAAAUACCUGCACAACUUCUUCAUGAAGGACAACUCGAAUGUCAUCCAAGAGUACCUGAAGGUGUUCUCCCAAAUGAUUGCCUUCCACGACCCCGAGCUCAACAACCACCUCAACAGCAUCGGCUUCAUCCCAGAUCUCUACGCCAUACCCUGGUUCCUCACCAUGUUCACACACGUGUUCCCACUGCACAAGAUGUUCCACCUGUGGGACACGCUGCUCCUGGGCAGUUCGGCCUUCCCGCUCUGCGUGGCCGUGGCCGUGCUGCAGCAGCUGCGCGCGCGCCUGCUGCUCAGCGGAUUCAAUGAGUGCAUCCUGCUCUUCUCCGACUUGCCAGAAAUCGACAUUGAGCGCUGCGUGCGGGAGUCGGUCAGCCUGUUUUGCUGGACGCCCAAGAGCGCCACUUACCGACGGCAUGCGCAGCACAACCGGCCCGCCGCUCUGCCCACGCACAAGUUUGGGGCGCUCUUCUCCAUGGAGGCUCAGGACACGCCCCGCACUGAGCUGAUGCGGGAGCCUCUGCGCCUGAGUGAGCUCAAGGAAGAGACGUGUCCACGCAUCUCUGCCGAAGACCUCAUCGAGCUGUGCGAGCUGCGGGGUCCGUCUGCCUCGCGGAGCCCCGCGACUCAAACGGCGCCGGCGCCGGCGCCGUCGGGUCCAGCUCGCAGCCCGGGCCGCAAGCUGCGUGCCAGCAAGCCCAAGCUGCUGGCCGUGGACGUGCGCACUGCCGAGGAGUUCUCCCGUGGACACGUGACAGGCAGCGUGAAUAUCCCGCAGGCAACCGCCUUCUCCCCCGAGGGGACCCUGGUGCCGUGCUCCGCCUCGUCCACGCUGCACGCGCACCGGGGCCGCGUCAUCGUCGUCAUCGGACACACAGCAAGCGCUGCGGCUGAGUUUGCAGGUAAGCUGGUGACGCUGUGCUUCCCGCGAGUGUGCGUGCUUGACGGAGGCAUUGGCAAGAUGAAGCUGGCAGGGAUGCUCACCGUGCCUUCUCCCCAGAUCUAAGCGUGCUCACAGCUCUCAGCCAGUGCCCGCAUGUCCGCGUGAACCCAGCCACAAAUCAUUCACCAACCUUUGACCCACAUCUGGGGAUCCAUCUGACUUGCGGUGUCGUUUCAAAGGCUUGUGGUGAGGGUUAGGGGAUGGUUUGUGGGGGAUUUAUGACUUUAAAUUAUAUAUAAACAUUAUUAUGAUUAAUGGUUUAUUUUACUUUUUCUCUAAAGCGAUGGAGGAAGACUGUUGAGGCCUUCAUCCCAGCAGUACAUUGACCAUGGCUGAUGAUGAUUUCUUGUAUCUUAUUCAAGGAACACGGAAGCCAAAAAAACAAACCGCUCUCACGUUUUAGAAAGGUAUCAAGGCAGUGUGUCCAAGGUGGUCUGACUCGGGUCUGAAUCUUCUCUAAGAAAAGACUUCAAAUUAACUUUCUGGAGUGCUGUAGCACAAUCACUGCCAUGACAUUGUUUGGAGGUACAGCUGUGAUGCUGCGGAACGGUUGCUGAAGCACGCUGGACUGGUUAGCUGUCUUGAUAUAUGUUCUGGUUGUACCGUGAUGUUUGACAUGGGAUGGGACCAGAAAACAAACGUUAUUUUUACACUGCAGUUACAUACUCUACAGAUGUACAUUUUAUAUUGACUUUAUGGGCAGCAAUCCUUUGAUCAAUAUGCCAAACAAAAUAUAAACAAUGCGGUUUAUCAUGUGGGCAUCCAUUUCCAUGAAAUAAAGAAGUCAAAUGAUUAAAAUA